GAUUACCACAUCACCCAACAAUUGUAAUUUGACUAUUAUAAUUUAGCAUUUUUGAUGAUCUUAGAGUAUCUCUAAAAGAGAUGUCAAAAUAUCAAAUCAGCCGUAACAAUAAAAAAAAACAGCUACAAUAUUUUCCAACCAAUAAGCCAAAUCUGACGUGGCAUGACAUGAAAUGACAGCUCUCUCCUUAUUGUCAAAUUUGACAGCUUCAAAUAUUUUUUUUAUUAAUUUCUUUAUCUACAACUCUCCUCCUUCAAUGGGGUCCAUAGCCGCCGAGCGUCUCUCUCUCUUCCCCCUCUCUCUCCAACCUCUUUGUAACUUCACAAUCCGUUCACUCUUCGAAUUCCGAUCCGUCCUUCGAUCUCCCGCAAUGUCCACCGCCGAACAACCCCCCGCCCAGAAUGGACUUGAACCAGACCAGACAACAAAUCCGAAACCCGAAUUCGAAUCAGAACUAGUGCUAGAGCCUGAAGCUAAAACGGAGCCAGCGCCUGAACUCGAAACUCAACCUGCACUAGCGCCGGGACCCGAAAUUAAACCAGAACAGGUGCCCGAGCCCGAAGAUAAACCCAAGCCAGUGACGGAGGCCGAAGUUAGACCGGAACCCCUACUCGAACAUGAACUGGUGGUGGCCGAUGGCGCGGAUCCGAAGGUGAACGAAGAUCGAAGCCUCAAUCCAACCGCAUGGCCAAGGAGCUGCGCAUCCGGAGCUGACGUCGCCUUUCCCUCAUAAUUCUUGCUCCUCCGUCACUUCCACGUUCGCCGCCAGUGGGUACUAUAAGCUCACUGAACUUCGGUUUUGUUCAUUUCUUUCUGGGUACUCUAAACCCUCUAAAUAAUAGUUUAAUAAAAUAAAAAGAAAAGAAAAUAGUUUCUUUAGUAGGAGCGUUGAAAGAUCUUUGAUCUCAAAGCACUUUUCCCUAAAAAAUUCUAUCUAUUCUUGCCUGCUUCUUCCAUUCUAUCUUUAUCCUCUGGCAAAUCAUGAUGUGCGCAUGCUGGAUACUCCGCUUUAGUAGUGCGUUAACUAGUAGUCCACUACUAAUUAAGGAUUUGGUAUUGACACCUGUCUUACUAACUAUAAGCCUUUGGAAUAUAUAUAUAGAGUAUAUUCCUUAUGUUUACAACUUUAUCAAAGCAGGCCAACUAAAAGCAGGUCUGUCUUCCUUUAUUCAACAACCAGUUCGGGUUCAUGUCCUACUAAAUGGGGCUGCUUACCGCUUGAUUUUAGUAAGGGGUGCAUGGUGUAGGUAUGGUUGGUUAGGUGCUUUGACGCUCGCAAACAUUGAACUCAAAGAUAAACCCGAAUCAUGAAACCAUCGGUGCAUAAGGAAAGGCCUGAAUGAAGGACCAUACCGAAAGGGGCAACAAUGCGACAGCAUUGAAGGGACUUAGGAGGGAAAACAGACAUCCAUACGACAGGAGAACGAAGUAAUAGGGAGGAAGGAUUUGCCCUUUCUCCAAUAGAGUACUUAUGCAAGGCAUGACUCUAUCGACAGACUCGAUCACAAGCAGGGGUCCUUCAAUCGAUCUAUCUACAUAAGGAUAGCUCAUUCAAUCUCCCCCCAUUUAGUAGGGCAGGUCUUCGGGCGAGGAAAGAUCUAUCUUUAUUGAUAGGGCCAUACGCGAAAGCCUAAGAUCAACUCCAUCCACCGGAGCAAGGAUUUUAGCCAUGCCCCCCUAGCUCAUGUGGAAAGUCCGGGCUGUAUGAUAAAAUAGAGGAUCUAGGAAGCGAGCUAGGCCACCCGCCGGAUCAGGGUUUCCAUCCGAACUAGUGCCUUAAGCAGGAAGGAAGUUUCAUUUAGUGGUAUCGUAUAUAAGAUCGCGGCUGCUUUUAGGAGUGAUCUUGCCCUCUUUCUUAAAGAAAAAGGUGCGAAGCGUAGAGGCAAUCUUUAUCUUGUCCCAUCGGCGAGAGUUUCACGUCGAGAAGGAAGGAACACUUUCAUUGAGCUCAACGCUACGCCCCAUUUAGUAGGGCUAACUCUUAAAUCAAGACAAAAAGUCAGUAUAUGCUUAACACAUCUCAUUGGAGGUGGGAUAGAGCUAAUCCUGGGAUCGAAUGUCUCUCAUUGUGGUUUUUUUUUUUAGCUCGUAAAAUCUACGAUUCUGGGCAUUCAUCUUUAGCUGUAACUUUCGGGUAUCCGGAUAUUCACCAAAAGAAAGAGCUUUUUCUUGAACAAGAUACACCCGGCUAACUAUCAAUUGAAAGAAGAAAGAAAGGAUUGUAGGCUAGAUUCAAGGUAUGCCACUUGAAUGAUCGAGUUGAUUCCAUUUGAAUGGAGAUUGGCUUGGUGUUCAGUGAAGGGGCGUAGGUUCAAAUCCUACUCUAGUUUUCCAUUUUUUUUUCCGUUAUGCCGCUCUGCGAGCAGAGCUAGUUAAAGUACAACCGACUCUCAUGAAAAGACGUCUUCCUCGUGUUCCUAGAGUACGCCAAUUUCUCUAUUCGUUAGUAAUCAUUCUCUCAUUACUCUCCAUAUUCUAUUCCACUAUUUUACUACUUGGCGUAGACCCGACUUUCCUAUUAGGGAAGAUAAAGGGAAUGCUACUGAGAAGAUCCUUCGACUUCCUCUUUAGUCGACUCGGGUGGGAAGUAGGUCUAUUUAUGGCUAUUAUCUUGGCUCUGUUUGAUGCUGAAUCACCCGCUAUAGGGAACAUGAUGGCACCAUCCGGAGCUUCCGGCGCAUCCAACUCUGGGAAUUGGCGUCAAUAUCUAAACUUCUCCUCAGAGAACGAAGGAGAUUCCGCCCCCGAGCCAUCCACAGCCCGGGCCCCCGUAAGGGAAGCAAUCGGGAGAGAUUUGGACCAGGCGGGCCCCUCCUCUUUUACGGAGGAUUCGUUUGACGUGCGGGUUCUCUUGGAAUCAUUCAACGAAUCCGAAACUACGGGGGAAACCUCGGUAAAUCGGGGGGGUAGCAGUAGGGGUUCUGGUUGGACUUCUUUCGAUCUAGGCGUCUUUUUGGAUUCCUCUCCUAAUGAGGAAGGCGAAGAAGUAGCCCAGCCCCACCCCCAAAACGCCCCUGCUAAUCCGGUCGCUUCCCGGGGGGAGGAAGCAGGUCCGUCUAAUUGGGUCCCCCCAGAAGAAAAAUUCCCCUAUCACCCGGAUGAAGUGAUAGGAGGAGAUUCUGUUAGCUCGAUUGAGUGGCGCCUUUUGUCGAAAGUGAAUUCUCCCACAGCCGAGGACAUCAAAUUCGCCAAAAUUAGGGCCGAAGAUCUUUUCGAGAUCAAGGUUCAAAUUGUACGGCAUAUGGCAGGCCUUGAUCCGGAAGGCGAUUGGCUGGGGCGCGGGGCUCGGGCCCUCGACAAUCCGCCUAAUAAACAAAUAAAAACUGAAAAUAAGGGUAAAAUAGGAAGUUGGUUGAGAUAUUUUAUGAAAAUUCAAAAUUCAAGUGGCGCGCUUAUAUAA